GCUCCACUGAAUGAGGAAGCAGCAGAGCCAUUUUUACUGUUGAGUAACUGCAUGCUGGUCUGGCUGUGCUAGGGAGGGCGAGAGAGUGAGCUAGAGGAAAGAAGUGCUCCUGAAUCUUAUCGGAGCCCUCUCUCCCCUCUCUCCCGUUCCCCUCCUUGCUUUCCGCUUGUGUCCAUUUAAGUUGGGGAGGCCCUGGAGAGGACACACAAUGGAGCGAAGAGCCUGUGGCAACUGGGCCGUUGUACUGCUGAGAGGGGGAUGGGGUGGAGAGAGGACCGGUUCACACAGCUAACACAGCCUGCCGGCUGUAGGCUUCCACAGCCUUCCUCCCCGCCUGGACCCCUGUUUUCAGGCUGGGGCCUUUAUUGUGGAACGGCCACCCUCAAACUCCGCUUGGACUAUACUAAGGAUUAUUCAUCGUCUUCUGUCGGAUUUUAGGAUUCAUGCUGGAGCCUGAAGAAUAAAUCCCUCCUGUGUUUUGGCUUCUGAGAAAAGAGAAACAAACUUCUAUGUAAUUCUUCUUGCCCUUUCUCGGUUUUUGGUUUCUUUUUCUUUUUAGUGGACUUCGUAAAUGGAUUACAAGAUGCAUGCCAAAUCCAAUGAUUUGCUGGAUUUUCAAAAACUGGACGCCCUUCUGGAAAAAAUUGCACAUUCAGUCUCUGUGAAAAGGACAGUCGAGGCGGCACAUAUGACCAGAUGUCCUGGUGUGAGAUGUGCAUCCCCCCCCACCCCCGUAACUAGAGCUACUUCCUCCCCAGGAAACAUUCCAGAGCAUUCUGCAGUGAUAGAGUCCAGUGAGGAGUGCAAUGGGAUCAGCGGUGCUCUGUCAGUGGAGUCUGUGCCGGGGCCAAGACUGAGCUGGUGUCCUGCCAACACCACUACCCCUGCCCCUGCAGCUCCAGCUCCUGCUCGGGGGACUGAGCCCGCGCCCCACCCUGUCAGAAUGGGAGACGGCCUGGAUGCAGCGCAGAUGUCGGGCAGCAACAGCAGUAGCAGCAGCGGCCAGGGGCAGGCCCAGCAAGGUGGCAACCCCCCACCCCCAGAGUACAUCAAUCCCAACAGGCCAAAGCGCCAGACCAAUCAGCUGCAGUACUUGCUCAAGGCGGUGGUGAAGGGCCUGUGGAAACACCAGUUUGCCUGGCCCUUUCUUAUACCAGUGGAUGCGAUCAAACUUAACCUGCCUGACUACUACACAAUAAUCAAAAUUCCUAUGGACAUGGGAACAAUCAAGAGAAGGCUUGAGAACAGUUACUACUGGAAUGCCCAAGAAUGUAUCCAAGACUUCAACACGAUGUUUACCAACUGCUACAUAUACAACAAGCCCGGAGAUGACAUAGUCUUAAUGGCUGAGUCUCUGGAGAAGGCUUUCCUCCAAAGGGUCACAGAAAUGCCUCAGGAAGAAACUGAGAUUGUUGUCAUGACAGGGAAGGGGCGUGGCCGGGGCCGAAGAGAAGGAAGUCUGAACUUGAAACCAGGGGGCAUCAUUGAUUCUUCGUCCACGAUCCCUCUAACACGUGGUGUGUCGAACCUCUCGGCAGCACCACAGAUCAGGGGACCGGUGCAGGGCCCGCCUUCACUACCUCCCCAGCCUUUGAUGCAGGCCCUGCCGUCCCACAUGCCCCCCACGUUACCCAGCCAUGCGCCACAGCUCGGAGCCCCCUACUCGAUGGGCCACUCAGACUGCGCUCCUCAAGUUCCCAUCAUGACUUCUGUGCCUCCCCCUGCUCAGACCGCGCUUCCCCCAGCAUCCAUCCAGAACGUUGCACCCAUGCUGCAGAACCCCAUUACCAUGACCAAAAUAAGAAAGAGCCAGAAGAGGAAAGCUGACACCACCACUCCCACAGCAAAUGACCAACUGAGUGAGUCUUCACCAGCAGAGUCCAAAUCUGGGAAGACCCUACCCAGGCGAGAGAGUGCGCGGCCUCCUAAACUGUUGAAGAAGGAGGCUCCUGACUCCCAGCAUCACAUCGGCAUGGUGAUGGGACUGAGUGGACCAAGUGGCGGUCACAGCCCCAAACCACAGGAUCAGCUAGGAUACUGUGCAAGUGUGGUCAGGGACAUGCUGUCCAAGAAGCACGCUGCUUAUGCCUGGCCCUUCUACAAACCUGUGGAUGUGGCUGCGCUGGGACUACACGAUUAUCAUGACAUCAUCAAGUAUCCUAUGGACCUCAGCAGCAUCAAGUUGAAGCUGGAGAACAGGCAAUACCGAGAACCCCAGGAGUUUGCUGCUGACGUACGAUUAAUGUUUUCCAACUGCUACAAAUAUAAUCCUCCAGACCAUGAGGUGGUUGCCAUGGCCCGCAAACUGCAGGAUGUCUUUGAGAUGCGCUUUGCCAAGAUGCCAGAUGAACUGGAGACCAAGCCUCUGGUUCUCCCCCCAGCUCCUGUACUUCACCACCCUGCACCAGUUAAGCCCCAGCCUCCUCUGGCCCACGUGGCCUCGUCUUCAGACAGCUCCAGUGACUCGUCCUCCGAGUCCGAGUCUUCCACAGACGACUCUGAAGAGGAGAGAGUCCAGAGGUUAGCAGAGCUCCAGGAUCAGUUGAAGGCUGUCCACGAGCAGUUGGCUGCCUUGUCCCAACCACAAGCCAGCAAACCAAAGAGAAAAGAAAAAGAGAAGGAGAAGAAGGAAAAGGAGAAGGAAAAGGAGAAGGAGAAGAAGAAAGAAAAGCAUAAGAAAAAGGGAGGUAUGUCUGGCCAUGUGGAUGAGAUCCAGGAUGCAACACCUGUCCCGCAGCUCUCUAAGAAGAACAAGAGCAGAGACCAUAACAACAAGGACAGUGCACCAAGGAAGAAAUCUAGUAAAAAGGAAGCGAUGAAACUCAAUCAUCCCACCAACCUGCUGCUAGUUCCCAGCCUGGAAGAGGAUCUGGGAGCUGCUGGGUCUUCGUCCUCAGGGGAAAAAGGCAAGCCUAUGACGUACGAGGAGAAAAGGCAGCUCAGCUUGGACAUCAACAAGCUUCCUGGGGACAAGCUGGGCCGUGUGGUGCAUAUCAUCCAGUCCAGAGAGCCUUCACUCAAAAACUCUAACCCCGAUGAGAUCGAGAUUGACUUUGAGACGCUAAAGCCUUCCACUCUGCGCGAGCUGGAGAGAUACGUGUCUUCCUGCCUCCGCAAGAAGAAGAAGUUUCCAGCUGAGAAGCCUGUGGAGUCCAUGGCUACCUCCAAAAAGACUGGUUCCUCCUCAGAGAGUAGCGGCUCCAGCACAGACAGCGAGGCUGAAGCGACAGGAAUAAUAAAGCAUCAGAAGAAAAAGGGCCACUCUGCGAAGGAGGGGAAGAAGCCUCAUCCUCAUUUACACAUUCAGAGUGGCCCGGCUCAGGCUGGGCUUCAUUCCCAUAUAGCAGGCCUUCAGGCUAGCAUCCAGAUGAAGCAGCAGCAUCAGCCGUCUCCUGCAGGCUUCACCGCCCCCCCCGUAGCUGCUCUGGAGUCUUCCCAACUACUGGAAACUAGCUUCGAGUCCCUGCCGCCUUUCGGCCAGCCCCUCAUGCAUCUGUCCCAUCACCAAGGCAACUCCCAAUCCUCACCCGCAGCUCCACAUCUCAAUGCUCAUUCUGCUGGGCCAGUGUCCCCUGAAACCCACCCCUUCCUCAACCAGCAUCCCGUCCUUACGUCUCCGGGUAAGGCCAAAUCCUUGCACAUCUCCAUGCCUCAGCAGCCUUCCCGACCCAGUCACAAGGCGGCGCCUCUUCAUCCAAAAGCCCCUCAGCAGCAAGCAGCACCCCCCCAGCAGCAGCCCCCCAUGCAGCAGCAGCCCCCCCCCCAGACAGCAGCUCCACCACCACCACAGCACCAGCUUCCCCCCCAGAUCCUCCACCCUGCUCAGCCUCUGCACCAGCGGCCCAUAUCCCCCCCGACACUCACCCCCCAGGGCUUGCUCUCCUCCCAGCCUCCCCAGAUGCUGCUGGAGGACGAUGAUGAGCCAGAGUCUACCACCCCUCUGAACCAAGUACAAUUAUACCUGCAGCAGUUCCAGCAAGCCCGGCAGCCCCAGCAGCCCCAGCAGUCCAUGCAGUCACUUCAGGCGCAGGUUCGUCAGCAACAGCAGCAGCAGCAACAACAACAACAACAACAACAACAGCAGCAGCAGCAGCAGCAACAACAACAACAACAACAACAACAACCAGGACAGAUCUCUCUCCUGCAGUCCGUGCAGGGACAGUCUCAGCUCCCCUCCCAGACCACCCUGCCUCCCCCACAGCUCACCAUUCAGUCCCAGACGCAGCCCGCCCCUUCACAUCAGGCCCCGCCCCCACAGAUGCCCCUCCACCCGGCCCGCCACAUGCAGCAGCAGCAACAACUUAACUACCAGCAGGGUCCUGGACUCGCUGGUCAGUCCCAGGGGUCACAACACAAGGUAUCCAUGCCCCCCAACAAAGCACAGCAGAUCAUCCAGCAGCAGCAGCAGCAGCAGCCCUCCCCUCGCCCGCCCAAGGCUGACCCUUACAACGCAGGUCACAUAAGGGACAACCCAUCACCUCUCAUGAUGCAUUCCCCACAACUUCCCCAGUUUCCACCUGUGUCCCAUCAGUCCCCACCUCAAAACAUGCAGUCCAAAAAGCAGAGGGGCCAGGGGAACCAUAGUGUUGUAAAGGAGGAGAAGCUUCCUCCAUCACCAGUGAUGAGAGGAGAACCAUUCAACCCGGCCAUGAGACCCGACCAUCACAAACAUCCUGAUAAUAAGCCUUCUCAAACAAGCCACGGCCCACAGAAUGUGAAGUCCAUGGACAGCUCGCGACCUGUGAUCCGCUCCUCUGAGUCCAGUGGACCGCCUCCCUCUCUGCAAGACAAGGACAAGUUCAAGCAGGACUCCAAGACACCUAUUGCCCCCAAAAAGGUACAGGAUGUCAAAUUGAAGAACAUGGGCUCAUGGGCCAGCCUUGCCCAAAAGUCCACAUCCACACCCAUGUCUGCAGUGAAGUCAUCGAGUGACAGUUUUGAGCAGUUCCGUCGAGCGGCCCGGGAGAAGGAGGAGAGGGAGAAGGCUCUGAAGGCCCAGGCCGAGCAGGUGGAGAAGGACAGACAACGCAGAGAGCAGGACAAACUACGAGGGCGGGAUGAAGAGGACAUCAUUGAGCCGACCAGACGGGUGCACGAGGAGCCCCGCCGGCGUCAGGAGCAGCAACACAUUCAAGCUCAGUCGCAGCAGCAGCAGCAGCAGCAACAACAACAACAGCCGCAGCAACAGCAGGAGCCCCCGCCUGCUGCCAUCCAGCAGCCUCCUGCCCCCCCCACCCCGCCUCAGCCCGCUGCACAGAACCCACUCGACCAACAGAGGGAGCUCGCUCGCCGCCGAGAGCAGGAGAGGAGGAGGCGAGAAGCGAUGGCAGCAACAAUUGACAUGAAUUUCCAAAGUGACUUAAUGGCUAUCUUUGAGGAGAACCUGUUCUGAGGAGAGGAGCGACCGAAACGUAACUGCAAAAAAACAAAACAAAACAAAAAACUUGCAUUAUGUAAACUUCCUCGAAGGAGAGACGCUUGGCGACCACGCACCCCAGAGGGCCACGGACUGUCUGUAGCCGUGACGACCCUCGGAGCGAGGACUGAGGCUGAGGGCGCCCAGCUCGCUCUGCCCUUGUGGAGCGGACACACAACACAUGGGGAUCCUAUUGGAUGUCACAUCCUGGGAAUUUGGCAUUGCCUGCCUGAUGUAACAGGAGGAAGAGGACUCCUGUUGGCACAGUUUGCCUUUUUUCACUUACAGCGUGCGUGGGCGCAAUAAAUCGCAGGAGAAGAGACACCCUAAUAAUUAUGAAAUGCUCUGAUAAUGUACUGACAGACUGUGCAGACGUGUUUUUGAAACUGCCAGAUGUCUGAGGUGGUGAAGAAGACUGGUGUUUUAUGUUUUGUUUUGAUUGUUGUAAGUGAACAAAUGAAAUGGUCGUCGGGGCAACUUCCAUACUGUAUAUCGUGUAUAUUUCUCAGCAGAGAAGGUACAGUUUGCCUUACACCUCUUUCCUAAACAGACCAUUGUGUACUGCACACGUUGACAAAACAAUAACAUUUACAACCAGGAGGAGAAGCAGUGCAGACCUUUUUUCAUCAUCUAGUAUCUACUGUAAAGAAGUAUUUUCUUAUACUACAAUAACUGUUUAUUUUCUUUUUCUUCUUUGGGUCGUCAUACCUUCACACUCCUACACCUCUGUCUAUGCCAAACUACCCAUUAUCUUUUAUGCUAAAUUACUUGUCCUAAAACACGGUAGGUAGCUGGAGACAAAAAAACCUGAAUAUAUGCAUUAUCAUAGUUCCUGCAAGUAUUUAUCUAAGACAGCAUCAGUUUUCAUCCUGCCUUGUAUUUUUCAUUUAAAGCUACACUUGUUAGCAGUAAAGGGGAAAGGGCCGGACGUUUCUGUGCUUUAGUUGGAAUAUGAUUUCACUAAAAGUUUAGCAACAUCCUUUGUAUUACAUUUGAAGACAUAAUGUUGGAAAUGUUUAUCAUUGGCGUGUUUGCAACAGUCACACUACUGGAUCAGUCAAGAAAUGAGAUGAGGAGUCCCUUGCUGUUCUCUCUGUUGGCGCUCUGAUCUUAGCUAAGGGUUAGGAUCAAAGUGGCAGCAGCAGGAAUAAGACACACACACCCCUCUGUAGCUGUUACUUGAAUCUGGUUUAGUAAAACAAUGACUGGAAGGAGCCCCCAGUUAGUUUUUGCAUCAAACCUCUUGUAAUUCACUGAGGGCACACGGUCAACAGUACGAAAAGAAAAGACAAACAGACAUUUGAAAAAACUUUAAAAACAGUUUUGAUUUAUAUCUUUGUUCUUGUUCAAUAAUAGUGGAUGUGAGUUAUAAUUCUGUUAUCGGAGACAUUGUUUGGACCAGGGAUGGGUUAAAAAUCUGAAAGCAUCUCGUCCUCUUCACUUGUCUCUUAUGGUGUUUUUCUCCAGUGCCUGUAUUGUAUUGCAAUUCUCGUUGGCUUAUAUUACACUUCAAGGGGUUUAGAAAGGGGGCGGGGCAGGAUUGGGCGUGUAAUAUUUGAGAUGGGAGGGAGAUUUUUUGAAAGAGUUUGUGUAAAAAAACAAAAAGGAAAAAAAAAUAAAUAAGGAAAAGACAGCGUUUUAUAUUUUACCCGUUGUCAAUAUUCGGGUUUUAAAUCUAGUUUUAGCUGGACUUCUAUGAGUGUACACAUCUGACAACUACUUUCUCAUUUGUUCAAUCAGCGGAUUUUAGGUAGAUAUGUUUCAGCGUUGCCACACUAGCGUUUGAGUCUGGUCUGUGAGUGUGACUGUGUACAUUUGGACGGCUGUGUGACUGUUUUGUUUUUGUUCAAUUUUUUAAAAGUGUGUGCUGCAAGAGGCAUGUUCCCCGAUGUAGAUAAGCAUUCUAUUGAUGAGGAGAAUAAACAGAUGAACUUCAGGAGAACUUGUUUCUAUUCUUAAGUCACCUUUUAAUUUCUAUGAAGACUACCAUAUAUGAAUAUAGAAUUUUAAUUAUUAGCCUGGUUUUGAAAGGGUAAAAAAAAAAACUUCAUUCCUUUUUUUCUUUUCACAAUAAUUGUUGGACAUAAUGUGCCAUGAAUUCUUCACAGAAUGUGCUGACCCGCAGCUCAGCCCAGAGUUUGCUUUAUUCAGGUAUUUUAUUUUGUGUUACAUUUGUUCUGUUUUGGAGGUUUUGUUCAAACAUUUUCCUCGAUUUCUUUUUUCUCUUUUUUUUUGUUUUGGUAUGUGAGUGGUAUAUCGAGGUCUCUGAUUCAGUCUGUUAUGAUCAUUGAAUAAACUCAUCUCUUUUAUAGAAAAUAAAAAA